AUGACUGAAAUCAACCUCAUCACUGGCAAUGCUAAUAAGAUAGCCGAUAUCAAGGCUAUCCUCGCCUCCUCCGGAAUUACCGUUCGCAAUCAAUCUCUUGAUUUGCCUGAGAUACAAGGAUCGAUCGAGGAAAUCACAAUCGCAAAAUGUCGCGCAGCUGCAGAGAUGGUCGGUGGUCCAGUCGUCGUAGAUGAUACAGCUCUUUGCUUCAAUGCGAUGAACGGCAUGCCAGGCCCUUACAUAAAAUUCUUCCUCGAGGCCUUGGGACCGGAAAAGCUACAUUUAUUACUAGCUGGCUUCUCAGACAAAAGCGCUGAAGCAGUGGCGACGAUAGGAUACUGCAAAGGUCCUGGCCAUGAGCCUGUGCUGUUUCAAGGACGAAUUGAUGGGACGAUUGUACCAGCGAGAGGCGUGAUGCGAUAUGGGUGGCAAACGUGCUUUCGACCUGACGGAAUGGGUCUGACAUUGGCGGAGAUGCCAGAUGAAGAGAAGCAUAAGAUAUCACAUCUGGGGAUAGCUUUGCAGAAGUUUACUACGUGGCUGACUGAGAACAAGUUUUCCGUAGAUGCCUCGAUGAAUGACAGAAACCCACAAUAA